ACACGAUGCUCGCAGUGUUUUCCCCCACGCCGACUCCGCCCUCGCCACACCGACUCCGCCCUCGCCACGCCCCCAGCUAUGACUAGAUGCCGACUGUAUCUAUCCCGGAAAUGUGAAAGGGUCCAUCCAUGGCGGCUUACGGUCUGAAGAAUACGUAUAUCUUUAUUUUGAUCGUAGUCUUAGCAUUCUUCGUGCACGGUGCAUCUAAUGUAGGCUCAGACACCGUGUAUGUGUUUGUGAUGAAGGGAGACUCGGUCACUCUUCACACUAAUAUCACAAUGAACCGUCGAGAAAGAUUUAAAUGGUAUUUCAUUGACGAUCUCAUCGCUCAAAUCAAUGGAGAUCUCGGUUAUAACUGCACAUAUGUUCAGUGUAAUAGAAAAGAUGAGAGAUUCAGAGACAGACUGAAGCUGGAUCAUCAAUCUGGUGAUCUUAUGAUCGCAAACAUCAGCACUUCAGAUACUGGAGUGUAUCGACUACAGACCUUCCCAGGCAGACAAAUUAAAAAGGCUUUCAAUGUUGAUGUUAAGGGUGUUUCUGCUGAAAUGAAGGAAAAGUCAGUUAAGGAGGGAGAAUCUGUCACUUUAGACACUCCGGAGGAAAAAAACAACAACAAUUUGCUAAUGUGGUAUUUCAAUGAAACUCUCAUCGCUAAAAUCACUGGAGAUCCAAUGGAGAUCUGUAAAGAUGUUCAGUGUAAAGAGAGGUUCAGAGACAGACUGAAGGUGGAUCUAUUUGGAUCUCUGACCAUCACAAACAUCAGAACCACAGACUCUGGACUUUAUCAACUACAGAUCACCAGGAGCAGUAACCGUUUCAGUAUCACCAGCAUUAAGAGCUUCACUGUUACUGUCACUGAUUCAGGCCUGUCGUUAGCAGCCAUAGCAGCAAUAAUUAUUAUUUUGGUUCUGUCUAUGGCCGCAGCUGCUGUUUGCUAUCGCUACAGACAAUCCAGAAAAACAGACAACAAGGAAAACGUGCCAAGUGUUCGGUUUCAAGUCAUAGGAACAGAUGAAAAAAGAUGAAGGCCACAUGAUCAAAGAGAAUCCCAAGAGGAAGAAAUGUGAAGAUACUGCAGCUUUAUUCUCCAUGCAGCGACUUGGGAAAAAUAUACAUUAUAUUGCCAAAAGUAGUGGGACACCCCCUUCUACUGAAUAGAUUUGACUAAAUUAGGGAAUUGUGUGCUUCUAGUUUUAUAGCAACAGUAUGGACAGGACCCUUUUCUAUUCUAACAUGACAAUGUCUCUGUGUUAGAAGGGGGUGUCCCAAUACUUUUGGCAAUAUGGUUUUUUGUUUACCUCUCUAAGCCCCUAAUGGCUUGUGUUUUUGAGCUGCAACUCGAUUAAAUCUGUUGCAGGUCGCAUUGAUUUAUCAUACAGUUAAUGGAGAUAUUAAAUUAUCCAUUACUGGAAGCAUAGAUACUAUUAGUAAUCAUCUGUAAUUAUUCAAUCAUGUUUUACAGACAUUAUAGUAGAAGCUUACUGUAUAAAACUUUUAAAUCUAUAAAGAGUGACAUAGUUAUUAUAAGAAGUGCCUUUGUUCUACUGGUUGUGAUUAGUUUAAGGGAUAGUUCACCCAAAAAUGAAAAUUGUGUCAUUAAUUAUUCACCCUCAUGUCAUUCCAAACCCUUAAGACCUUCGUUCAUCUUCAGUAUCUUCAAAUUUUUUUUGAUGCAUCUCGUGAGCUCUCUGACCCCUCCAUAGACCGCAAUGGUCCUUACAUGAUCAAUGUCCAGAAAUAUAGCUAGGAGAUCGCUUGUUUAUGUUUACGUUAAUGCUUUGCUUUUAAUGAAAACAAUGUAUCUGCAUGGCGCAGGUGACACAAAUCAGCAUACGCAGUUUACACUCAGUGGACACACUCCAAAAUUGGCGCUAGGGUGAUGCGGAUGAGACGAAUUGUUGAAUAAAGUAAAAAAUAUAUAUAUAUAGGCUAUAUAUUUUGCACUCAAGUAUUCUCGUAGCUUCUUAAAAUUACAGUUGAGCCCCAGAUGUCACAUGGGUUAUUUUACCGAUCUCCUUGCUAUGUUUCUGGACGUUGAUUACAUUGAUUUUACAUUGAGGGUCAGAGAGCUCUCAGAUUCCAUCGAAAAUGUCUUAAUUUGUGUUCUGAAGAUGAACCGAGGUCUUGCGGGUUCAGAACAACAUGAGGGCGAAUCAUUAAUGACAGAAUUGUUAUUUUUGGGUGAACUAUCGCUUUAAGGGCUUGUGGUGGAGGUUUAUCUUCAGCUGUUUCAGAUCUUGUGAAGGUUUGAUGUUUUUGGAGUGAAGUUUCUGAGAAGAGACUGUGCCUCUUCAUGUAACCAAUAAUAGGUGGUGCUUAUCUACAGCUUUUUUUAAUGAAAGAUAUUUUUCUGUUUUUGUUUAUUUUACAAAUAAUCUACUUGUAGCAUUCUUGCUAAAACUUUGCAACACAUGUUUUGUAUUUACUGUGAAAAUGGAAACACUUCUGUAUUCGACACUCAUUUUACAAAUUUAUUCACUUUUCAACAUUUUUAGGUGGCACAGCCAUAUGCAACUUGAAUGUGCAAGACUUCCAGUUCAUUGCUUCCAGUUAUUUAUAGGUGUACAAAAAUGGCCUGUUAUGCUGCUUGAUACUGAAACUGUAUUUUUUUUUUAUUUACUAUCAAAAUCAUAAAUGCACUGGAUUUUAGCACAAUAGUUUUACAAUUUACUGCACUUUAUUGUGGUAGUUAGAGCUGAAAGUCGAUUUUCAGGGAAUAAAGGAUUGUGAAUAAA